AUGGUCGGCUCUAUCGUCCGCCACCUCUUCUCCCCCGCAACUCGUCGCUCCCUCACAACCGCCGCCGCCGCCGCCCCCCUCAUGCGCCCUCGCCUGCCGUCGUCGACGCCGUCGCCAUCUCUCAUCCUCUCCUCGCUUGCUUCGCGCUCCUUUUCCACAACGACACCCCGACCCGCGACGAUAAACCAGGUCCUCAAGGGCUGCCGAAAGGGCAAGCGCGCGCGCCACGCCGUCUCCCCGGCCCUCUCCAACAACAGAUGUCCCGCGCUCAAGGGCGUCUGUCUGCGUGUUGGUGUCGUCAAGCCCAAGAAGCCCAACUCGGGUGAGCGCAAGACGGCCCGUGUCAAGCUGUCCAAUGGCUCGGUCAUUACGGCGUAUAUCCCCGGCGAGGGCCACAACAUCCAGCAGCAUAGUGUAGUCCUUGUGCGUGGUGGCCGCGCGCAGGAUUGCCCUGGUGUCAGAUAUCACUUGGUCAGAGGAGCCAUGGACUUGGGCGGUGUUGCCAACAGAGUGUCGUCUCGAAGCAAGUACGGAACCAAGAAGCCCAAGAAGGCCACUGUUGGUUAG